AUUUUUCCCUCAAGCCCACUCUCUUGGCUUCUUGGUUUCAGUCUUGGGUUCAGUCCCAGGCAACAUGGUUGGCCGUGGAUAUCAGUUUGAUUUUUUAGAAUCAAAAUGCUCCUCUUGUGCAAACCAUUCAUAUUUUUUCAUCCUUGGUCUGGUCCUUUUUUGCACUAUGCUCUCCUCUUGUGUUCAAGAACCACGUGCAGUGAAAUGCAUACAGAACAUUACCUCCAUAUAUCAGCACUGUGGCAUUCACCAAGAUGGAGUCCAGGAUUUGGAUUGUUUUGGUAAAACACAGAAUAAAAUAGACUGUGUGUGGAAACCUGGAAAGCGUGCAUCAGAGAGGACGACAUACACACUCAUUCUACAACAACCAGGCAGAAGCUACUGCAAAGCUUACUACAACAUCAGUGAAACAAUCAUUAAAAAGUUUAAAGCGUAUCAAAAUGAAAACCUGACCGCUCAGGUUUUUGAAAUCAACGAGUCAGCGAACUGUACCAAAGCAGUUAUCAGUGUUUCACCGAAAAGCAUUUUGCGAUGUGGUCCUCCACGAAAUGUGUCUUUCCGCCGCCAUGCUGGAACACUAGUCAUGAAUGUCAGCUGGCAACGAGAAGACAUAAAGGACAUAACAAAUCACUCUGUGAAAUACAAAGUGCUGGGCAGUCUGCCAUGGAUCCAGGCCUCUCUUUAUUUCUAUGCUUCACAGUCAUCCUCGCAAUCAGAAAAUGGAGACAACGGCAUCAUGCAGAAUUUAAACUCCUCACUGUCCUACACUGUGAAGAUAAAGUGUGUUGAGAAUAAAAACUGCCCACGGUGUGCAUGGAGUGAAGCCUACACUGUCCCAUCAGAACUGACAACAAAGCCUGUCAUUGUGAGCCUUGAGGACUCUGACACUGCAGAGGGAAAAGGCUGCCGGCUGCUUACUUUAAGCUGGAAGUUUUCUGCCAAAGAGCUGCAUGAUGGUUUCUAUGUAACCGUUUGGAAAGCGUCAGGAGAGGCCCCAUGUGAGCGGAUCAGCACCACUAAGCCUGAGAUCAGACUGAUUCUCUCAUACUCUGCAUAUCAUCUCAACAUCAGUGCCGUGAAUAACGCCAGCACCUCCCCAGCUGUAAGCCAGGCAAUACCACAGCGACAAGACAUGCCCAGUAUGGGAGCUGGGAAACUGAAUGUGAUAGUCCACAGCAAUACGUCUUUUACCAUCUCCUGGAAAGACAAUCUCAUCAAAAAAUAUGUCUGCUAUUCAGUGGAGUGGAUGAGGAACGGACAUAAAGCAGUCUACAUGUCCUUUUAUCAGCGUAAACAAAACAAUAGGACCUUGGCUCCAUUACCAGAGGCUCUGGAACCGCAUAAGAGAUACAGCAUCACUCUUCACACUCGGCCAGACAAGGACACCUGCAACAUGAAGCGCAUCAACAACAGUGAGAGCACCUAUGGGAGCACACAGUUUUAUUUCACUGAAGCAUCUCCACUCAGCGGUCCCGCAAACAUCAGCAGCUACAAUGAGACGCUGAAUUCAGUGGUGCUGCAGUGGUCGUCCAUCCCAGAGGACAAACUCAGAGGUUUUCUACUGGGUUACAUCAUCUAUCUCACCGAGUACCACAGCAGGGGGGCGAGCACGGAGAGAAAAAUUACAGUGGAUCCAGAGUUAAACAGCUAUGAAUUAAAGGGUCUCAAAAGCAGCACAGCAUACCAGGUCCAGAUAUCAGGUUUCACCCAGACGGGAGAGGGAGAACGAAGCAAAGCAACAAGCAUAUUUAAAACAAAAGAUCAAGGACAUUUUGAUGUCAGUGGUGUCAUUAUAAUCUUUGCAGUUGUGGCUGCUGUGCUGACAUUCGGAUCUGUGAUAAUAAAAAGGUACAUUGCAUCAUGGUCACUGUCUUUGAGCUGUCAUUCAUUUUUAACAUGGCUAAAUAUUUAUAUCUCCUCUCCACUACCUUCUUUAUCUAGAGUAAAAGCCAUUAUGUGGCCAAGCAUACCGAGCCCUGUAAACAGCGAUGCAGUGCAAAAAAUGGAAGGACCCUGUGUGCAGGAACUACUAGAGUCCAUCAACACUCUGAGGGUGGAGGAAUGGGACACAAACAGUCUUCAGAUAGUCGAGAAAGAAGUUGUGAUCCCUGCUUGCACGCUACCAUCAAUGUUACCACUUCUUCACGCCUCAGAGGAUGAGAGGGACUCAACAGAAAUGACUUGUGGCCAGAUCCAAAGAGACACUGAGGAUGCAACUGGAGAUAUCCCUCCUGACGUUACUGCAGAGACAUUACCAAACAUCCCAAGGACAAACCCUCCGAUUUCUCCUUUUGCCUUUACAAGUGAUUAUACAACAAUGGAAAUGUUCCAGCAAGGGAUGCUUCAGGGCGUGCCCGCGAAUACAUCCAUGCAGGUCAUGGAAAGAGAACUGGAGGACGCAGACACGACUGUGGUAAAAUCAGGACUGAACUAUAUAUGACAAUUUAGUACCAGUCCAAACUCGAUUUUGUGAACAGUUUGGAAUCGAACUGCAGAGCAUACAGAAGACAGCAUCAGGAGAACUAUUGUCCAUGAAUGAAUCAAAUGAGGUCUAUACGGCAGUCUGCAGGGUCUGGAGGUUGACUAUUAGAGAAACGAUCAACAGCAAUACACAGCUGUCAAAAUUACUGUUUACUUGGGUAACGAGGUAUAAAUAUAUACUUAUAAAGACAGAUGUCUAGUUUAAGUUCAUAUAGUUUGUUCCUCCUUCUACCUUUUGACUAUACAUCUAUGUAUCUGCACUACUUGAACAAUCUCUUCUGUCCAUGCACAUUAACAUCUCUGCUGUUUUAUGAAAGACUGCAUAUGUACAUUACUUCAAAUACAUCCCUACAAAUACAGUAUCUUAUUUCCAUUUUUUCUGCAGAUUGCAACCAACUGAAACUGAUGAAGUUCAAUGAUACGAACACUGUCGAAAACCAAUAGCUGCACUCUCUGUAGCACCAAACAAGAAGCAGCAAACAGGGUUGACAGUUAACGUGAAGACAUUCUGGUAGGUGCAAGAACAAGAACAAGUCUAGCAGAUAGUGCCGCUAACCAACAGAGGCUGCAAGCUGAUGCUGCGAAAUCCAAAAUGUAAAGUUCGUAAGCAAAUAGUUUGAUGCUCGUAACUGAGACUCAUCCCGUCAUAUUUGACUUUAUGCGUAAACAAGAGCACUUCAGCAAAAUAACUGAAUGAAAAGUCUCUUUAUUGAGUUAUUUUGGAAACAGAUCAGAUGUAUCAUUUCAAAGUUUCAAACUGAGGAGGACCACAUACACACAUCCAAGCUCUUCAAAAACAGCGUUACCAAACCUUUACACCAAGUUCCACACACAGAUAUCAAGUGCCCAAUCCCCCAGGAGCAAACCAUGAAUUGUUUCUACAGUGUUUACCGUACAUAGUGGAUACACGGAUAUAAAAAAAUAAAAUCUUUACAUACUGUUUGUUGCGUUGGAAAUGCUUUUUUUAUAUAUUAAAAUUUUGUCACGAGUUCACCACUUCAAUCCAAAGCUUUGUGUACAUAAAAAAGCGGGAAAAGAAAUAAAAAUAUUGGUUUGCAAAAACCAAAGUGGAAUUUAAGUCUCUGAUCUGGGGCCAGUUUGCAGAUACAGUUUAACACGAUCACAAUACUGAAAACUGAAACACCAAAAAAAUGACAGAAAAAAUAAAAUUUAAAAGACAAAUCCACUGAUCUCCCAUGAAUGCUCGGUCUACUCUAUUUAUUACUAAAGACAGCUGACAAUACUCAAAUAUAACAUCUCAUUAGUUUUAAGCUAUUCAACAUCCUAAACAAUAAAUCCAUGUUUGUCAAUAAGUCUCCAUAUUUUUUAGAAUAUUCUGUACAAUCUUAGUCUAGGCACUUUUUGACCCCUCUGUGCUUGCACGCAGUUUGUUGACCUGUGACACAUACAGACAGCCGCUGUGGGCUUUGUCUGCAUCUCACUUUCUAUAGCAAUAUGAGCCGACGACAUUUUGCACACCACCGUCAUCUUUACAGUAUAGGCUUGUUUUAUAUAUAUAUAUAAAACCUUUUUUAUCACAGCAUUACAACAAUAACAGGAAAAGGAACAUAAUACAUUGUUGCAACUAAUCAGAAAUAUAAAAAUGCAAGUAAAUGUACACCCUUAGAAAAAAACAGACCAAUGUAUUUAUGUUGACCAAAUAAGAUCUUUUGAGAACUAUAUAUUAGCAACAGGUAAACAGAAAGAAUAUUAUGCCAUUCUGUAUUCUUAUAACUGCAGCACUUCAAGCAGCGUACAUUUUGCAGGACGUUCUGGUAUCCAGUUGGAGAAAAAUGAUGCAGAACAAGAAACAAAGGCCCAUAUCGCCCUUCAAAAACACACAAAGGGCAAAUGACUUUUUCCACACACCGAGAGUGGCACUACACUUUGAAGAAAUGCGUAUUAAAUAUGUGAUGCACCAUUUGUUUCACUGUAAAUGAGCAAACAGAAUAUAAGUUGUUGUCACAGCCACACCGAGGCCACAGCCGCAGAAUAAAGCCAGGAGCUCUGCCUCAUGGGAACUCAUUCAGAAAGAGGGAAGCUUACUUUUUUUACCUUACAAGGUGUCAGUAAUGACAAACGAAAUUAAAGAUUUUACUUUUUAAAGACCAUUUCGUCUGAUCCAAUAAAAAUACACUACGUGGUUUCAUAGGCAUAACCUUGUUUUGAUUGGUACUUCCUUUUUGGUGUGACAUGGUAAAGGCCAGGAUUAAACUAUAUUGAUUUUUUUCAUAUGGGUAAUCUUUGUUUUUACAAAAUGCAACUCAUGCAGUCCAAGCAAACUCCUACCCCUAUUCUACCAAUAUUAGCGCAUGUAGGUGUUUUGG